UCUGCAUCUCCCGUUCCACCAAAUCGAAAGCGGCCGCGCAGCAGCGCUGUUGCAGCUCGCCUUUCCGCGCGCCCUCUGCUGCUCACGUCACUAGGGAGGGGAUUUCCCGCGUGGUCCUUUGUCUUGGAUAAGUGUGUGUCUCUCUCUCUGUGUGUGUGUUUUAUCUGGACUGGGCACCCGCUCUUUCCAUGGCGGCUGCGAGAGAGCAGUUGCUGCAGAUCCUCGACGAUCUGACGGACGAAGAGUUCCGCAAAUUCGUCUUCUACCUGGAAUCCAUCCCGGACCGAUCUGUCCGAAUCCCUCGACGGAAGCUGGAGAAAGUCUCGCCGGUCGAGCUAGCCGAGCUGCUUGCGCGCUAUUUUCCCGGGAAAGAAUUAGAAGUCGCCGCCCACGCGCUGGGAAAGAUACCCAGGAGGGAUCUUCUGCGGAAUCUCCUACGCGACGUAGCAGGGGGCGAUCGCCAGAGCGGAAGGGGGACCCCUGCCAUGGAAGCCCCGAUAGACCUCGUGGAAGCAGCUCCAGUGCAACCCAGUCAGGUUUCGCAGCAGCAGCUGAUGAAGCUAGCCAGGAAGUUGGGCAGGAAAUGGAAGACGAUUGCCAUCGAGUUCCUGGGGGUGGAAAAUUCACGCCUGGAGCAGAUCGAAGAGGAGAAUCACAAGAACAUGGUCAUGCAAGCUUUCUACAUGCUUUGGGACUGGAGGAACCGUGAGGGAGGGAAGGCCACUGCAGCCAAUUUAUACCUUAUUCUUGACCAGGAUGGAGUGAAUCUGGACCAUGACGCAUAUGCAUUCCUGAGAGAGAGUGCCUGAAAGAGUUCUUGAAAGGCCGAAGACCACCUAACAGUCUUCUCCAGCAAUUCAGGCUCUCCAGAUACCUUUCCCAAUGCAAGUGAACACAGAUUAUAAUGAUUUAUGUUGACUGAU